AUGUCUAUCCCCGAGCCAUCUCCCUCAAGCCAACAAAACGGCACCGCAAGCAACGCUCUCAGCCAAAAUAACGUCGGCCAAGUACAACGAACAAAUCGCAGCACCGUUGAAAAGUUUGCCCGAGCACCAGCAGCAGAGCUCCCUUACUUUGCCGGCGCACGAAUGCCGGAGAGGUCAACACACCUCCGGGGGCUCUCAAAUCAGCUCAACGCGAUGGACGAAAUUUUCAACACGAGCAAUUAG